GAGGCUUGGCGCCCAGAAUCGGGAGAGGAGUUGCGGGAGCAGGGGAGCGUCCUGCAGCUGGGCCGGGAGGGAGGCUGGAGGGCGGCCCGGCGCCUCGCGCCUGUUUCCCCUCGCGGCCCGCCUGGCAGCGUGGUCGGGGGUGGGAGCUCCGGGAGCUGGGAAGAGCCCGAUGGUCUGAGGGGCGCCGGGGUUUCCAAAGUUGGCUUUAUUUAUUUUUUGCAACUUUAUUGAGGAUUCGUUGGCGUACCGUGCAAUUUACCCCGCUUGAGCAUAUAACUCAGGGGAACUUUCAGAAGAACUAGAUGUGGGGGAAACCCGGCCUGGUGAUCAGGCUUUCCCUCUGACCCACAGGAUGGCGGGGACCAAGUCCUCUCCUGAGCCUCAGUUACAAAAAUAUUAAUAAAGGUAGCUGUCGAUGUGCCAGUGGUCUCCACUUCCCCUUUACUGGGUGGUUCCAGCUCAAAGCUCAGUUAAUGCAGAAUGGCUUACAUAAGAAGAGCCGGCUAUCCCGUGCACAACAUUUUUGGUGAUUUUAGUGACAUUUCCUUAGAAGAUUCAAAAAUGGAAGAAAUCAGAAACUUGAAAAUCAGUAGAAGUCUUACCAAAAUAGCUCCUGGUCAUAGCAGAUUUCUAAAAGGAAACCAAACCAUGGGUGUAGGACACUCACUCCUAAAAGACAAGGCUGUUGUCGAGGGUUGGCGCAGCCUGUCCUCGGGCAGACCCCCGACCACUGCCUCGAAGCUCAGGGCCAGCGCUGCACUCACGAAGCUGGCUCAAAUAGAAACCAAGAUCAUGAAUCGGAAGGCGCAGAUGGAUUUGUCUGACACGGAAUCUGACCUGAAGACCUCUGAGGACAGUCUUCCAAGGAGUGCAGACAUGGUCCUUCCCAGGAGUACAGCCAAACUUUCUCCACCCAGCCUGGAUAAAACCUCCCAGAAACAAGCCCAGGAAAUUCCUGUGGCUGAGAGCAGCACUUGGACUGGGAAGGGCAGUAGAUUUCUAAAGAGGAGGGAACCACGCAUUGAAAGUAUCAUCCCUGAGGCACAUUUUGGAAAAGAGAGGAAUUUUCAAACACCCAAAGAGAAAAAACCUACCAGAAAACUAGAUUCUCCAGACAGCGAUGAGGAGGAAAUGAAAAAGUUGCUGGGAAGCUUGAUAGAAUCUUCUAGAGAAAAAGAAACAUACGUGAAUCAGCGUUUCAUUAUCCCCAAAGUCAAUGAGAAAGAACAGACUAAAGUAUUCUCGGAUCAGAUCCCAACUCAGCCAAGAAUCCUUUCACUACCCAGUGAGGAACUUUCCAGCCCAAAGUCCUUUCGGAUAUCACGUCUGCCAGCCUCACAGUCCACAGACAGGACCCUUCGCAGCACGCGCUCAAGAGCUCGCUCCCCACAGACUCACACUUCAGAGGAUACAGCCGCCCGCACAGCGUCGCUUCCCAUCACUGGCACCUCUCCACAGUCAGGCUCAACGCGGCUUGGCAAGCUCUCCUCUCCCGGAAGGAGUGAGGCUGGGCCUCAUGAUGAAUCGCCCUCAGAAGCUGCCGAUGACAGCCUGAACGAUUUUAGAAUCAAUCUGUUGUCCCUUGAUGACCUGGCUCCAGCUGUCAGCGAGAACUCAGACUUGGAACAGAAAAAAGAAGGCCAGCUGGAAAAGGCCUUCAGCCAACGCCCCCAGGCAGGGGGUCCCCCCACUGGCAGUGAGGUCUCAGAGUGCGUGACUGAGCCAUCCGCCGCCUCCGCCAGGCCCGACGGUGCUCCUAGCCCGAGGCCGACGUCCCAAGAACCCAUGGCGAGCACAAUGAGCUCGGCUUACUCCGAAGAUUUUGAAACAUCCCCAGAUCCAACGGCAUCCGAGUCGAGGGCCCAUCCUGAGGAGUCUCCCGACAGGAUGCUGGACACUUCGUCAGAAUUCUCCGCAAGCCUGCACACAGACCUUCCCCUGCCGACCGUCAAGCCUUGGAAAACGCAGGUCAGGGACGUUACCAGAGUUGUGGUGAGGGAGAUGGCCGUGCAGACCCUCGAUCCCGCCUUCACCUACCAGUGGGCAGAGGGGGCCGGCGUGGCGGCCAUCGGGCCAGCCCUGGGAGGUGCCUACGUGGAUCCUGUGCCCGUUGCCAGUCAUGUCAUCAGUGCGGACUCGAUAGAAGCCCUGACAGCUUACAGCCCGGCCGUGUUGGCGCUCCACGACAUGCUGAAGCAGCAGCUGAGCCUGACGCAGCAGUUCCUGGAGGCCAGCCGCCACCUGCACGGCUCCCUCGUGCGGUCCCUGGAUCAGGACUCGUUCCACUACCACACCCUGGAGGAAACCAAGCAGUACCUCAGGCGGCAUAGGCCUGCCCCGCUGUCCAUGGAGGAUGCCCUGGAGGAGGUGAAGAAGGAGCUGAGUACCACGAGGUGAUGGUGGCAGGAGCAGGCGGCACCCAAGACUCCCUUGAGUGGCAUCCCGGGUCCAGCCUUUCAGAGCGGAGUGGUUCUCCCCCAGCCCCCACCUCCUUGGUGUGCCCGGCGCCCCACCCGAGGGGACACAUAAGCCAGUGGAAACGGAACCCCGGGUGGCGCAGUCACCAGCCACAGCAGGACAUAGGACGGCUGCCUGUGGAGCCCCGCGCAGCAGCCAUGGGGGCCAGGUGCUGGCUUCCUGAUGAGCUGAGGCAGACGGGAGGGCGAGAAGCCCCAUCUGCUCCGCGGAGCCAGCGCCAGGUGUCCACACCAGGGACAACAUGUGGGACGCCGGGACACGCCUCCUCCGGACCCUGCCUGAGCACACUUCUAACUCCAACACACAGAGAAAGAGGUCUUUAAAAAAAGUUUUUAUUUGAAGGCAAAACAGUAAAAUCCACAAGAAAUCGUUAACAGCACGUGUUUACGUUUUAUCCUGAAUCAGACACGUUUGAACAAUUCACAGCUACAGGAAAUCUAGAACAAAAUCAAAUAUUUUAUCACAUCAGGUCGAAAAGUUGGAGAGGACUUUGCAUCUUAUUGAAAAGAAUUUUUCAAAAAUGUUUCUGUACAAAGAGACGGCGCCACACGAGCUGCCCACAGACGCCAGGCGCAGCCAGUCCCCACGCAGGCCCCGGCGGCGUCUGCCCUCCUGGCCUGGCCUCCCUGGGUGCUGGGCUGGCCGAGGGAGAGCCGGGGGCGCCCUCCACACCCCGGUCUGUGCGGGCCGUCCACGUGAGCGCUGGUGUCGGGUUCCUCUAAGUGAAAAACAGGCAGAGACGCUAACGGUGCGGGCUCUUGGAGGGCGUCGCUCCGUGACCUGAAGAUGCCUCAGAUCAGUUUCUUUAGAACCCGUGUCUGCAGGGACAGCCAACGGCUAACGUUUGGGGAAAAAAAUUUCAACUCAAACAACUAAAGUAACUGAACUACGGGCUGGCAGGUCUUAGAGGAAUCAGGUUGCAACUUCUCCUUGGGAUCCUCUGAGAUCAACAUUCCCUUCUCUCAAACUAAACAUCUGGAGUAAAAACGAAGGCCCUGUGUCACUCUGCCAAUCAGAAA